CAGUUCUUCAAGGAAGUUAGAAGCAUCAACUUAUUAAAUUAUGGAAAUACUAAAUUCAUUAUUUAUGCCAAUUGUUACUUCGAUUACCUUUCUUGUGAUAAUUUUGAUUUUAUAUAUAAAGUACAAUCGCACUUAUUGGCAAAGAAGAGGUGUUCCUAUUGUACCUGGACAUUGGUUAUUCGGUAACAUAAAAAAGAUAUUAGAUUUAGAAAAACCUCCUGCCUACGUAAUAGGUGAUAUAUGCCAAAAAAGUUCCGAAAACGAUGGCAUUCUUGGAAUUUACAUAUUUUUCAAACCAUUCUUAUUGAUAAAAGAUCCAGAAAUAAUGAAACAAAUCUUAAUUAAAGAUUUCAAUUAUUUUCCGAAUCGCAGUUUUACGAUUCGAUCAUUUCAAGACGAAAUUGGAAACACAAGUCUUUUUACAUUGAAGAAUCCUCAAUGGAAAUAUUUAAGGAUUAAAUUAUCACCGUUAUUUAGUAGUGCAAAAGUGAAAAAAUUGUUUCAUUUAAUGGUUGAAGCUGCCAAUUCGAUGAAUAAAUAUUUAGAUAACGAAUUUUCAAACGGCACGAAAACGAAAACUAUUAUGAUAAAAGAUGUUACUCUAAAAUAUACCACUGAUGUCAUAUCUUCUAUUGCUUUUGGAAUUCAAGUAAAUUCAUUCAAUCCUGAAACAUUACAAUUUUAUGAAAAUGCUCAAAAAGGACUCAAAAUGACAUUUUUUCGUGGUAUUCAGUUAACGAUUUCGUUUUUUUUUCCAAAACUUUCGCCAUAUUUAAAUGCUAGAAUGUUAGGAACUUCGACAAAUUUCUUUCGUAAAGUAUUUUGGAAUUCCAUGGAUAACAGAGAAAUAACUAAAAAUAAACGAGAAGAUUUAAUUGAUUCUUUAAUAGAAUUGAAAAAUGACAAACAAGAUAAAGAUUUCAAAUUCGAAGGUGAUGCAUUGUUAAGUCAAUCAGCAAUUUUCUUCGUUGCUGGACGCGAAUCAAGUGUAUCAACUAUAUGCUUCACACUUUAUGAACUAGCUAAACAUCCAGAAAUUCAAAAACGAACACGAGAAGAGAUUAAUAAGAAAUUAAAGGAACAUGGAAUGACUUAUGAAGGUAUUCAAAGCAUGAAAUAUCUUCAUCAAGUUGUAUCAGAAAUUCUACGACUUUAUCCUCCGGCUCCAAUUAUCGAUCGAGUUGCCGAGGAGGAUUACAAGAUACCAGGAACUGAUAUAGUCAUAGAAAAAGGAACAUCAGUUUUCAUAGUUCUAACUGCACUUCACUAUGAUCCAAAAUAUCAUCCAGAUCCUCUCCGUUUUAAUCCUGAUAGAUUUAGUGAUGAAAAUAAAGAAAAUAUCAAGCAAUGUACAUAUAUGCCAUUUGGAGAGGGACCAAGAAUUUGCAUUGGAGCUCGAAUUGGGCAACUGCAAUCUCUUAUUGCUUUGAUUACUAUAAUUAAAAGUUAUGAAAUUUCAUUAAAUUCUAAAUGCAAAGGUGAUCUUGAUAUUCGUAAUAUUUUUCGGCAUGUAUCCAACAUUAUGGCUUGA